GGUUGCUGACGAUGAUAUUACACAGUACUACGGUUGUUUAAUAUUGAUGAUACCGUGAUAACGACGACAGUAAUAGUCGUUUGCAUAAUUCAACGGUAAACAGUUUCAUUUACACUUUUUAAUUAUCUGGCAUUUUUCGUGGAUAUUUCGUCUUUGUUUUCUCUCUCGCUCUGUUGCGCGUGUUCUCCAUCACCCUCUCUCUUUCGCGCGCUCUUCUUCACUUCGUAUCGUUGGCAUCCUUAAUGUGCUCCGAUUCUCUAAUAAUAAUUGUGAUUGAUAAGGUUUGAUUUUCUUAAUUUUUUCGCCAUUUUUUCGCGCAAAAUAUUAACGUAAUUACGUUCGAGCGAUAUAAAAAUUGGGACGUUCGAUAAAUUUUCAUUCGUGCGCGAGAGAGACUUUUUUUUCAGUGAUAAGGAAAACACACCGAAUCGCAGCGAAUUUCAGCGAGAGGAUUUCAUCUUUACGAAGUACCCGUGAAAAUGGUGACGUUGGCGAACGCGCUGGUGGAAUUCUAUCAACACGUUUUUAUAGAUAUAGCAGAUGAAAGGACGAAUAAUUUUUUCCUAAUUCGAUCUCCACUUCCAGUAUUGAUGAUUUUAGUAUGCUACGUUCAUUUCGUAACGAAUCUGGGUCCACGAUGGAUGAAACGCCGUCAACCGUUCAAUUUGAAAAGUAUCAUGAUUGUGUAUAAUAUAAUACAAAUCUUAAUAAACAGCUUCCUCUUUGUUGAGGCGUUCCGGCAUGGUUGGGGUGGGCAAUACAACUGGAUAUGUCAGCCUAUUGAUUGGUCAGAUACUCCUUUCAAUAAAUACGUAGUCAGUUUGUGUUAUUUGUAUUUCGUAAUAAAAAUGGUCGACCUUCUCGAUACAAUUUUCAUGGUUUUAAGAAAAAAGGACGAUCAUAUAUCAUUUUUGCACGUGUAUCAUCAUACUGGAAUGUGCGCUCUCGCAUGGGGAGGCGUAAAGUAUUUACCCGGCGGACAUGGAACGUUUUUAGGAUUUAUUAACACGUUCGUUCACGCCGUAAUGUACGGCUAUUAUUUAUUCGCAACCAUAUAUCCCGAAAAUUCGGGAAAAAAUUGGUGGAAAAAAUACUUGACGCAGUUGCAAAUGGCGCAAUUUUUGAUGGUCGCUGUGCACAUGUUGCUUUUACUCUUCCAACCAAACUGCUCGUACCCGAAAUUCACCGUUUUCAUUCUGACGCCGCAAAACAUCUUCAUGUUCAUAUUAUUCUGCGAUUUCUACCGAAAAACCUACCUGAAGCCGAAAACGCCCAAACUUGAUAAAAAUGGCGUUUCGAAGAGCAACGGAACGAGCAGUAACGGAGUGACGAAGAAUGGAGAAAAAAUUCACGCUAAUUGAGACGCGUCUACUCCGAGUACAUAGCUACAUACUGUACUCGUAUGUACGUAAUUCGAUGAGGAAACUAGAAGAAGGGCUUAUAAGCUUAAAAUACCUACCUAGUACCUUACCUACCGGCAUAGUGCAUACUGCAUACUGCAUAUAUUUUACGUGUCAUCUUUUUCAAUGUGAUAUAGAAUUCGAUUUGCUGCCCAAACGUAGGUAGUAGGUACAUAAAAAUAUUGUUUUAAGGUAAAUUUUGUGGAUUAUUCUAAAUUGUAUGUACCUUACCUACUACUUACGGAUCGUUUCACUUUUGUUGGUUUGCGUUUGUUUUCUCAAACGGUCAUCGUGCUAGGCUGUCCAACGAGUAGGUAUUCGUUACUUGUAUAUAUGAGAGGCGUUUCGCGAUUGGGUCCUUGCGGUGAUUCGAUGUUUUUUUUUUUUUUUUUUAUUGGCGAUUCCGACUUACUUUUUCACGAGAAAUCGAAUGGUGCAAUCAGAUUUCGCCUAUCUCAUCAACUUCUCGUUAUAAAAAUUACUUGAACAUAAAUACUCAAAAACUCACAUUUUUGGGAAAUCGAAAAACAACGAUUUUGUUUGUUUUUGAUUUUUUUUUUUUUUUUUAAAAAGGUCGAUGGAAAAAUUAUUUUAUCGUUGUUACCUAUGUAAAAUUUCAUGGCGAAUCCGAAUUUCUCGGUAUUUUUUUGCGGAGUAGUCUGUAACGUUGUGUAAAUUCGGCUGUUCGCCGCAAGGUCCCUUUUCUAAAUCACGGAUAUCAGGCGAUGAUGAACGAAUUUCGUCAAAAUUUCCCUGCCAACCUAUGCGCAAGACAACGCUGCAUCCGAAAAUAAAAAAAAAAUCGAAAAAAUCGAAGCAAUUCGAUGUUUUUUCUCUUUUGAAAAAAUCGAAAUAUCACCACAAGGGCCCUUAUCGCAAAAUCCCUCUCAUAUAUAGAUAGGUAAUAUGUCAUAUACGUUUAGGUACGUCUACGUACCUGUACCUGUGUACAUAUGAAUUUUUGAGAUUAUUUAUAAAAUUAGCUCGAUGAUGUAAUCGUCAGCUCGGGGCAGACUACUAAACACACGAAGAGGGGCGGGGUAGGGAGGGGGGGGGGAGAAGGAAACAAUUUUGUUGGUUUUUCUACUUGGAAUAAAUCGUUAUAGUUUCGCGGUAUCCUCCUGUUCAAAAAUUGUCGAAUAUCAAUUAAUGUUCGGCCGGGAUAAACUCCCGCGCUGUACCUACUUUUAUUUGAAAUGAAAGUUUCGAAUAGUAAAAAAAAUCAUUAUGGGUUCCGAACAGUUCUAUUCUGCUCGGAUCAACUUGUAAUUUUUACCUGGCCAGCUCGUAAAAAUAACAUUAGUUUCGGCGAAUGUCCGCAUCUGAUCUCAAAUCUAACAAACGUAUACCUACUUAAUCAGAUUUUAUCAAACAAGUUUAGAUCUAAUUGAAUAGCUGCCUUUUCAGAUCUGAUCGGAUGUAAUCGCUUUUUCUGGACGAAUAAGAUUUCGCCACACGUAUCUAUCACAUCGGACCUGCCAAGAUAUAUGUAGAAGAUAAGAUACGAGUACGAUCAACUUUUUGAUCUGAUCCGAUCCUAUUCUUUUCCCUCCGUGUAGGAAAUUUAUUUUUGAAAAUUUUUAGCUGAAAUUUGAAUAGACGUUUUAGAAAAAUCGCGAGAAAGUUGUUUAAAAUUUCAAAAUUUAACCCCGAAGCUACAAUUUUUAUUUUAAAAAAAAUUCAUUACCUAGUUUGAUAAGUUGUAGGUAAGGUACAUCUACAUACACAUACUCGUAUACGAGUAACUGGAUCAGAUCGCAGAAACAGAUACUCGUAUUCCACGAAUCCAAUUUGAUUAUAUUACGCUAUGAUCAAACUUUAGGUAGAAUUGCUCGGGUACGUCUACGUAUAUUCAAACAGACAGCGUGUUGAGAAACUCUUUAAAUCCUGACUUUUACGGAAAGAGUUAGGUAUGUGUAAUCAAAACCUCCAUACGAGCACAAAUAAGGUUUUCUCGCUAUAAGAUGACGAUGAUCUUUAGAUUCAAAAAUUAAUAAAUUCGCGCGAUCCCUCGAAUCAAUCGUUCUCCACUGUCAUCGUUCCGAAUAAAUUUUUCCCGCGUGCAUUCUCGAAUUCCAUUUCCCAAAUUGAUACAAGUAUUCUUUGAAGGACCAUUUUCCCAGAAAAUGCAUUUUCAAAUGUAAGAAUUCCUCGCGAUUUUUUUCUUCGUAGGUAGAGGUACCUAAUAAAACGGAAUUGUCGAGCAAUUUUGGCUUGAAACGAAGCUUCCCCGCAAUUUUGAUAAAGAUUUUUGUAGAAUAUUUUCUCAAUUUUGGCAAACAAAAAGUAAAACUUGGAGGCAAAUUAUGAAAUUAUGAAAACGAAAAAAACAGGUCUUUUUGAGAUAUCGACAAAAACGCUAGACUUUGUGGAAAUUUUGACAAAAACAUAGUUUUUUUCGACAAAUUGGUCAUUUUUUUCAACUUUUACAAAACAUAGAUAAGGUAUAGGUACGAUUUGUCGCAAUAUUGGAAAAAAAUGAGUAAAAUUUUUCUACCACGAUGAAAAACUGAUUUUCACAAUUUUGACGAAAAAGCGAGACUUUCUGAAAAUUUUUUGAUUUAAAAAAUCAUUAUUUCUGCAAUUUUGCAAAAAACAAAUUUUUUGGCAAUUUCAACGAAGAAGAAGUAUAAUUUUAAUUAAGUACCUAUUUGGAGUAACUCUGAUAUACUAACCUAACAAAAUAAAAACAGGCCUUUUCUACAAUUUUUCUCGAAAAACCGAACCUUUGACCAUUUUUAUUCGUUUUAAAAAUUGGUCAUUUGGAAAAAUGGCAAUUCGGGCGGUUUCCAUUCCAGAAAGUGUACUCGGGGAAAUGUUUGCAAAAGGUUUUACCGAGUUUGAUAAAGAUCGAAUCACAUCUAGGCAUUGCUUAGAAUGCUUAGAUUCAAUUCGAUCCAUCGAGACCAAAUCAGAUCAAAACUCUGAUCUAACCCGAGCUAUAAUUCGAGUGGUCAGGUCAAAUUGGACUCGCAGAAUGUCCUUACGUAUUAUUCGACUAUACCGAGGUGAUCUGAUAUACGUAUACGUAAUAACUCGAGUUGGUCAGUUCAGAUGACGGCAUACCUGAUACCUAGUACCUAUACUAAAUCAGAUGUGCUCGUUAUCCAUCAGAUACGAGUACAUACGGUCAAAUUUUUUCCCGAAUACUUUCAGUAUACCUACUCCUACUUACAUAAAUAAGUAGAUAUACCUAAUAUCAGAUCUAUCAAUUUAGCCCUUUUGAAAUACUCGAUGAAUCACGUCGAUUCAACUUGAAAAUUAUUUACUUUGACCUAUUAUAGUAGUAGAUUUUAAAACAGUAGGUAAUUUAUAAUUUCUUUACUGACAUAUCACCUACGUACCUAUGUAAAUGCUAAUUUACUCGUUUAGGAAAAUGAUUACCUUUACCUAUCAAUUAAGUUGUUAUACCUACCUGUAUAGUGUAUUUAUUUAAGUUUAUUUUAUCUAUUACAUAUUUUUGCAUUUUUACGUAUCUAUUUGUAUAAAAUUUUUUAAAAUACCUACCUACUUAGAAUAUCUGCGCUUAAGUUACCAAUUGUAGAUACAUUAAUUUUAGCCUAGGUACUAUUUAUUCGUAAUUAUUACGUUAUUACAAAUUUUGAAAUGCAUAUAGGUAAGGAUUUAAGAGAAAAUCUAAAAAAAAAAACUGAUGGUAAAUGAUUUUUUUUUUCAAUUUAAUCGAUAAAAUUAUCAAAUUGAUUGUAAAUGGUUCAAUUCGUCCGGAUCAACGUCGUAAAAAUUAGAUUAAUAAAUUGCCGACGCGAUCGCGAUGAAAUUAAUUAAUAAUUAUGAAAUAAAUGAAUUUCUAUUUCAUAUUCGCUGUCUGUAUCUCAUAAUUUUCUCAAUUUCACACAUUAUUAUCUAAAAAAAUUAGUACCUAGGUACUUAGCUAUACUUACACUUACCUACUUAAAAAUUUGAUUAGACGCCGUAUUAUCUUAAACGAAUUCAACUCUAGAAUAAAACCGAAAAGAACUAAAAAAAAAAAAAAAAAUUGAAUUGUUUUUCAUCAACUCGCAGCCAGCUAGACAGUUUUUUUUUUAUUCGUGCCUAAGAAUUAAAUAAGUUACAAUCCAUCUCUUUCUCGCUAGCGAAGAAGCCAUUAAUUUUGUAAUAAAAUUUAGCGCAAAAAAAAUACUCGCAGUUAAAUUGAAAAGAUCAGGUGGUAUAUAGACACCUACUUGAAAAUAAAAUACUAGGUUAUGGACUUGAAAUUUAUAGCUCUUUCAAUUCUUUCGUUUUCUUUGCAAAACUUGGCAAAAAUUGGAUUCGCAGAUAGCGCUAUUCUCUUAAACUGUGGCACACAGCACACAGCACACAGCACACAGAUCAAGCUGCUUAUGGGAAAAUUUUACCAACCUUUAGCGUGUGUUUUUACAUAAAAUUCAUUUCGUUUUUUUUUUAUACCACCGAAGAAACGUUGAGGUGGAGAGGAGAGGCAGUUUCUACAUCUUUUUUUUUUAUCGGCGUUGAAUUUUAAUUAGUUUUAUACUUUUAUUUUACGCAGUAUUAUGAUACUUAACGUAGGUAUACUUAUUUAAUAUUAAUCGUCAUGUUCGGAUACAUAUGUAUGUAUUAUGUACUUGUACUUAUACCUACCUAUCAAAAGUUGAAUUAGGUACGAUAUUAUCUAUCGUUACAAAAUUGAAUCAAUUGCAUACCUACACUAUGCGAAUAAGUCUAUAACAUAGGUACAUACCGUAAAUACCUACCUUAAGUACCUAUAUCGUAUGGACGCUUGUACAUAUUUUUCAAUAAAUUAUAAUCUUUCGUGUUUUCGAGAGAAAAAAAUGCGA